UGUUUCCUGUCGGGACUUGACGUCGGUGUUGAUGACGUCAGUGUGUGGUGUGCGCUCAGCGGCCGAGGUGAACCCGCUGUCCCACCGUGUCGGUGCCACAGUCCGAUGCCCCGCUGCUCUGCUCCCUGUCAGCAUGGGAGACGAGCCCGUAGGAGAGGGCCCCGGAGGAGAGGGCCCCGGAGGAGAGGGCCCCGGGCUGCUGGACGAGGCGCUGCAGCGGUGGAUGACCUGGGACCAGAACCACUGGACACGGGUCCAGGUGGAGUCUCUUGUAGCGUCGGGUCAGUUUGAAGAUCUGAGGUCGAGACUCUGCAGCAGGAUGAGCUUCGGUACUGCCGGACUCCGAGCGCCGAUGGGAGCCGGAUUCAACCGGAUCAACGACCUCACCGUGAUCCAGUCCACGCAGGGUCUGGUUUCAUACCUGUCCAGGUUCAUGGCUGAUGUCAGCAGCAGAGGUGUGGUGGUGGGGUUUGACACCAGGGCGCAGGAGGAGAGCGGCUGCAGCAGUCAGAGGUUGGCAAAGUUGACAGCGGCCGUGAUGCUCAGCAGAGAUGUCCCCGUUCAUCUCUUCUCCACAUUUGUCCCCACGCCAUUCGUGCCGUACGCUGUGAGGAAGCUUGGAGCAGCGGCUGGAGUGAUGAUCACCGCUUCACAUAAUCCUAAAGAAGACAACGGAUACAAGGUGUACUGGUGUAACGGCGCUCAGAUCACCCCUCCGCAUGACAAGGAGAUCCUGCGGAGCAUCGAGGAGCAGCUGGAGCCCUGGAGCGCCUCCUGCUGGGAUGAGGGGCUGGUGGAGAGGUGCUCCCUGAGAACUGACCCCCUGACCAAGAUCAACAGCUGCUACAUGGACGAACUCGCCUCCCUCUGCUUCCAUAGGGAUCUUAACAGCAGCUGUCCGUUGAAGUUCGUCCACUCGUCCUUCCAUGGCGUCGGACACGUCUUUGUCCAGCAGGCCUUCCAAAUCUUCGGCCUCGCUCCACCGAUUCCCGUCCCUGAGCAGAAAGACCCCGAUCCCAACUUCCCCUCCGUCCGCUGUCCAAACCCAGAGGAGGGAGAGUCUGUUCUGGAGCUUUCUCUUCUCCUGGCAGAGAGAGAAAACGCUCGGAUCGUUCUGGCAACAGAUCCCGAUGCUGACCGUUUGGCUGUAGCAGAGAAAUCUGAUGGGUGUGGUUGGAAGGUGUUCACAGGAAACGAGCUAGCAGCUCUGCUGGGAUGGUGGAUGUUCUUUAAUUGGAAGGAGCGCCAUCCAGACCCAGCAGACACUAAGAGCAUCUACAUGUUGGCCACCACGGUGUCGUCCAAGAUCCUGCAGGCCUUCGCUCAUGUCGAGGGGUUCCACUUCGAGGAAACUCUUCCAGGGUUUAAAUGGAUCGGGAACAGGAUGCACGAACUUUCCAAAACAGGAAACACAGUCAUAUUUGCCUUCGAGGAGUCAAUCGGUUUCCUGUGCGGCAGUAUGGUCCCUGAGAAAGACGGUGUGAGCUCUGCGGCGGUCGUUGCGGAAAUGGCGGCUUACCUCCACAACAAGAGCCUGAGUCUGAACCAGCAGCUCCACAACAUCUACCAGACGUAUGGUCAUCAUGUGUCCAGAACCUCCUACGUCGUCUGUAAUGACCCGUCCACCAUCCAGAAGAUCUUCAGCCGGAUCAGAAACUUUGACGGCGAGGGAUCUUACCCAAAGUCGUGCGGUGGCGUCCGGAUCGUCCACGUCAGAGACGUUACCACAGGAUACGACAGCAGUCGGGCUGACCUCAGAUCUGUUCUUCCCGUGUCCAGCAGCGGUCACAUGAUCACCUUCACGCUGCAGAAUGGCGUGGUGGCCACGCUGAGAACCAGCGGCACCGAACCCAAGAUCAAAUAUUACACUGAGUUCUGCGCGGCGCCUGGGAAAAGUGGGCGUGUCUGUUGCAGUGAUGUGUCCAGUCUGGAGGAGGAGCUCUCGACAGUGACGGCCGCUUUACUCAAUGACUUCCUGGAGCCAGAGAGAAAUAACCUGAUCCGUCGCUUCAUCUAGCACCGCCCCUCUGCACACCUGGUCCUUCCUGUGAUGUCACAUCCUGUUGUGUUUAUAAGAAUCAGAGCAGCAGCUGCUUCGUUCUGUGGUGUCAGUCAAGUUCACGUCAGACUGAAGACGUUUGAUGUUAGAGACCGAACCUGAAGAGGCAGAGAGCAUGAUGGGUAGAGAAUCCAAAGACAAUUUGUGCCACUGUAAAAAAUAUUUUCAGUUUCAGUUUUUUUUCUCGUUAAAACGACAAACCAAGUGUUUUCAGUUGUAGCGUGAGUUUGGUUGUUUGAACAUGAGAAGUUGUUCAUGUAAGAUGUUGAAACAUUUUCUGAAACAAGAUGAUGUUGUACGUUUCGAUGAUUAAAACUUAAAAAGUUCAUCUUAAUAAGAAA